AUGAACGACUCGGAGCAGAUGACCUCGAUGCAGCGUCCCUGCGAUGUCGAGGAAGUCAACCCAGUCGGCUCGCUCGGAUCGGACGUGGCGAACGGGCGACUGGUCCCCCGCGUUCCCAUCUAUUACGACCGACAAUUCAUGUUCACGUUCACCAACGCUUCGUUGUUCUCUUUGGCGCCGUCGACAAGUUCCGCUCUGGGCUUACCGAACGCCUUCUCGGUACCGCAAUGCUCCCUCAUAACGUGGCAGAACAAUUGCGUCUCCGGUGAGGACAUUGUGCCCUUGAUCCUGAUGGUCGUCCCCAUCGAUUCAGAGAUAUAUGCAAGUGCACUUCUUCCCAGCCUGUCAAGGUUUGUAUUUUAUUUGAUGAAACGGAAAGCUGAUUUUGAGAAGUCGUCGGAUCCAAUUAUGCAGCCAACACGAUACAUCAGUAAUUCGCGAUGCGCCGACGGAGCGCACUGGGUGGCCGAUCUGCCCGUGGUGAGUUUUGCCUGCGGACGGCCUUCUGUCCACCCAGUCCAACAAAGCGAGCUUUCGUUUCUGAUCAAAUGCGCGAUUCAGGGUCAACGAGUGUUGUUCGGUUUCUUCGACGCCCACGGUCACUACGGUGGUUUGACCAGAAACCCAUGUGAGCCCGGAUCCAACGAAGGUGCCUCCCACUUUGGCGCAUCGAAUUCAGCUGAUUCAAGCUCCAAUGACUUUGCUUUCCCCAUCAGAUGUCAUCACCGGUGCAACCUCAGCCCUGAAAAAUACCAACGAGCCCAUACCACAAGCGAACUCCACUGGCGAUCUGUCGAACAGCACCCGCCCGCCUUGCAAAAUGGCGACCGAGCUAUCGACACCGAUUGAACUCGCGCUCUACCCUCCGUCGAACCCGUGCAACUAUCUGCUGCUACAGAUCAACGGUGGGCACGGUCCCUUUACUUUGACAAUAUUGAAUCCGUGCGUUGCGGGCGUGGCCUGGCUGGCGUGCUCAUCACGAGGUGAAGAAUUUUUCUCACAAUGCUGAGACACGUUGUGGAUGCUGCUCCGACUUUGUUGGGAUUCGUAGGGACAAAGCCACAUGGGCAGAUAUAUCCGUAGACACCACAUCGACCGUGCUACUGACCAACAUCAGCGAUCCGGGGUCCACCAUUGUCAGUGAGUCUAGUACCCUCUAUCUUCUUGCUAUUGCUCUGUCUGCUAAAACUAAUGUGCCCUACGAGCCGAUCUCACCCUCGAUAGUGUUUGCCGUUGACAAGAAUCUGGUGCGAUCCCAGGUCACGGGUGAAUACAAGCUCGGGUUCCCGGGGACGUGCAACAAUACGAUGGACACGAUUAUAGAGCACUCCCUCUACGACUCGAACUUGGUGGCGACCCGACGGAAAUUUCACCUCGAGCUGAUCAUCCCUACGGCAGUGACCGGCUUCAUAUGUUUGAUCCUCUGCGUCCUCGCGAUCAGGAAAUGUGAUUUGCUCGCUCAGAGAGUGAGGCGGUGGCGCGGUGUAGUCUCACGGGACUCGAGCAUGUUGGACGAGCGAGCGCAGACGGGCUCGGAAACGAUCAUCAAACCCGAUGGGCCUUCCUCGUGCUCCUUACCCAGCAAGUGUACGCCCGUCCACUCGCAGUCCAAGAUCCAACUGUCGAAGGUGGAGAUGUCGAGUCAUCACGGCAAUGGGCAUAUUAAUGAGCAUGGGGCGUUGUCGACUGUCGUCGCAUUGGCAGGAACGUUUGACCCAAAGACCACCAUGCCGGACAAGCUCAGGAAGCCGCCCCACGUCGUCAGCAAACCGCGGCAUUCGGACACCUUGACUCGCAAUUACAAUGCGGGCGACAGUUCGGUCGAGUUGAUGCAGUUGGCAAGUCCAGGGAGUGGAUCGGAAGGGGGAGGGUCCGAUUCACCGGACAUGGGCACCAGCUUGGGACACGCACAUCGCUCGAGCGUGCCGAAGCUGCUGAUCCCGACCGACUCGGCGUUGAUGCUCGAGAAGGUGCGAAGUGGGAGCGACAAAGAGAAGACGCCAACGACGAUCGGCCUCGCCGAUCCGAACGAGUUUGUUUUUCGAAACGCUGGGUGGAACCUGUCGACGAACCGGAACACGUCUACGAGCCAAGCUGCCGCCGCCCCUGGUCUGGCGGCUUCGGCUCCAGUGCCGCCCCUACCAGUUCUGCCCACAGUACCUCGAACACCAUCACCGCAGCCAGCAGUGCAGUCACCACCGUCACCUAAACGAAACUCCACUACGCCACCUGCGAUGCAGUCUCCAUGGUUCGAUCGUGGAAGUGGCACAAAUCACGUGCCGAUCCCAUCAAUACGAGAGUGA